UUUGAUAAUACGUCAGUUUUUGAAAGUUAAAAACAAGAAAAAAGGGAAUCUCUGGUUCACAUCUUGCGUGAGCCCCAAUUCUCACCAAUAGCCGUCACCAAUAGGGCAAUAUCUCCGACAAGUCUCAUAUAUCAGUGUGAGACCCGGCACUUCACGAUAUAAACAUAAAGAUUAGUGCAGAGAAGAAAGAAGAUAUGGCUGAGAGUAACGUGAUGGUAUUGGGCACCUGGGCAAGCCCAUUCGUGCUGAGGGUGAAGAUUGCACUUCACCUAAAAUCUGUCAACUACGAGAACCAUGAGGAAAAUUUGCCGGAAUCCAAAAGCGACCUUCUUCUCAAAUCUAACCCUGUUUAUAAGAAAGUCCCAGUCCUCAUCCAUGGUCAUAAUCCCAUCUGUGAGUCUCUAAUCAUCGUUGAGUACAUCGACGAGGUUUGGACCACCUCUGCUUCUUCCAUCCUCCCUUCUGAUGCCUAUGAACGCGCCCAGUCCCGAUUUUGGGCGGCCUAUGUCGAAGAUAAGUUUUCCGCUGCCUUAAGAAGAGUGUUGUUUGGUGCAACGGAGGAAGAUAAAAGGGCAGCAAUGGCCGAAGUCUCAGAAGGGAUGGUGCUGUUGGAGGAAGCCUUUGUGAAAUUGAGCAAAGGGAAAGCUUUCUUUGGUGGGGAAAAUAUUGGGUUCGUGGACAUAGUGUUCGGUAGCUUGUUGGCGUGGAUUGAAGUGAUCGAGAAAUUGAGUGAGAUGAAGCUGAUUUCCGAAAUCAAAACGCCCGGGUUGGUGCAGUGGGCGGAUUGCUUCUCCGCCCAUGAGGCGGUGAAGGAUGUUUCACCCGACGUCGACAAGCUUGUGGAAUAUGCGUUGAAGAUUGGGGCGAGGGUCUUGAAAGCUACGGCAGCCAGCAAAUGAAAUCAAAGUUUGGAGUAUGUGUUACUUAUCUUCUUUUGUCAUUGAGUGAAACUUGGGUGAGAAUUGUUAUUGUCAUUUAGAAAAUAAAAUAAUAAUUAUUUAGUUUUUAUUUUUAUAAAGAAAACAAUUUUAUGCUUCUAAGUCCUUUUAUGAAUAAAAUGGUGAGUUUUUACAAA